CCCUCCCCGUUCUCCGUCUAUAUAAACUGGGCUUAUGCCUACAUUACUCUUCCCCCCUCUCCUUUCAUUUCAAUCCCUCUGCAUACAAAGCAAAAAAGAACUGUUUGCCUCUGAAAUUCUGCUCUCUGUUUCUAUUUCCUAUUUCCUCUUCCCCAUUCAGACAAAUAUGGAGUACGAGGACCACAGAUUCAGACAGGUUCAAAGGCCAAAAUAUGAUUGCCUUCUGUUUGAUCUUGAUGAUACCCUUUACCCCCUGAGUUCUGGUCUAGCAACAUCAGUCCUUAAGAACAUUCAAGAUUACAUGGUCGAAAAGUUGGGUAUAGAACAGAGCAAGAUCCCUGCCCUGUGUGAUCUGCUGUACAAAAACUAUGGCACCACAAUGGCGGGUCUCAGGGCGAUUGGCUAUGAUUUUGACUAUGAUGAGUAUCACAGUUUUGUCCAUGGGAGACUGCCUUACGAAAAUCUAAAACCGGACCCUGUUUUGAGGAGCCUUUUAUUAAGCUUGCCCAUCCGUAAAGUUAUCUUCACUAAUGCCGAUAAGGUCCAUGCCGUCAAGGUUCUCCGUCGGCUCGGUCUGGAAGACUGUUUUGAAGGGAUCAUUUGUUUUGAGACUCUUAAUCCCACUCACAAGAGCACUGCCUCUGAUGACGAGGAUGAUGUCGAGUUUCUGGGGUUGAAACAAUCUUCGUGUGCGUCAAAUCCUGAAAUUUUCGACAUCAUCGGACAUUUUGCUCAGUCUAAUGCAGAAUCAUCAGGAUUGCCAAAGACCCCAAUUGUUUGCAAGCCAUCAGAAUCCGCCAUCGAAAGGGCUCUUAAAAUUGCUAACAUUAAUCCACAUAGAACACUAUUCUUUGAGGACAGUGUCCGAAAUAUUCAGUCAGGAAAACACGUAGGACUUGAUACUGUGCUGGUUGGUAAAUCUCAGAGAGUGAAAGGAGCAGAUUAUGCAUUAGAAAGUAUUCAUAAUCUGCGGGAAGCAAUAGCAGAGCUUUGGGAAGCUGAUAAACUCCCUGAACCUAACUAUUCAGGAGUUCCAGUGGAGACUUCUGUGACAGCUUAACUUGGUUUUUCUGCAAUAUUCUUAGCAAGGACGAACAACAAUGAAUGUUACAUGUGACUUCUCAGACCAUGUAAAUGCUGCUUUCUUCCUAUGAUCAAUUAAUAUAAAAGAAAUUCUCGCAA